UGUUCUGUCUCUCUCUCUCUCUCUGCCCUCUACGCUCUUCUCACUCUCGCACCUCUCUCUCCUCUCUCUCACUCUCGCACCUCUCCUCUCCGCCUCCUCAGCGCAGCCGUCGCUGUCCUAGACGCCGGAAUCGCUGUCCACCUCGCACCGCCGCUUCACCUCCGUCGACUCCGCCGUUCGCUCCACCUCCAUCGCUGCCCUCUCUCUUCCUGUCCGUUGAGUCACCGUCGUCGCAGUCACACUGAGAUCUCAGAUCUGUAUUGAUCUCCUCCGUCGUCGCCGCCGAUCAGUCGAUCUCCGCCGAUCUCCUCCAUCGUCCUCUCUCUCUCUCUGUGUAUACAUCAAGAGUAAUGGCAGAGUCUGUUGUCGCCUUCGCCGUCAAAGGACUUGGUGUUUUAGUGAUUCAAAAUGCACAAUUCUUGUAUGGUAUAAGUGACCAAGUGGAGCAAGUUCAAGCACACUUAAGGCAGAUGCAAUGCUUCUUGAAAGAUGCAGAUGCAAAACAAGAUGAACAUGAGACCAUCUACAAUUUGGUUGCAGAAAUUAGAGAAGUUGCUUAUAGCGCGGAGGCUGUUGUUGAAACUUUUGUUUUUGAAUUGGCAUCAAGGAGAGGAGGUUUUCGAAAGAUCCUCAUCAGAUCUGUUGACAUCUUGAGUGAAGUUUUAGCCCGCUACAGGAUUCGGUCUGAGAUUGAAACUAUUAAAAAAAAUAUCAAUAUUCUCAUCUCAAGCUUACAAAGUUACGGUUUAAUUGCUGUAAUGGAAAGAGAAGGUACAAGUUCUACAUAUCAAAGGAAACUUCAAUUUCGGCGAUCUUAUUCCCAUGUUAUUGAAGAGGAUUUUGUUGGUUUUCAAGAAGACAUGAAGACAUUAAUCAAACAUUUGGUGAAUGAAAGAGAACAAAAUUGUCAGGUUGUUGCUAUUUGUGGCAUGGGUGGUCUAGGAAAGACCACCCUUGCUAAGAAGAUAUACCAUCACCAAAGUAUUAAGAACCACUUUGAUCAAUUUGCUUGGGUCUGUAUAUCUCAACAAUGGCAAAUAAGAGAUAUUUUGGAAGGGAUUUUUACCAAACUUGUACCAAAGCGGCAAAACCAAAUUGCAAACAUGAGAGUUGAAGAGCUUGUCAAGCAACUUUACCGAGUCCAACAAGAGAAAAAAUGCCUAGUGGUUAUUGAUGACAUUUGGUCAUCAUAUGCUUGGGAUAGUCUAAGAGCUGCCUUUCCACUAGGAAGUAUGGGCAGCAAAAUAUUGAUUACAACUCGUAAUAAAGAAGUAGCUAUGCACAUAGAUCCGACUUGUUUCCUCCAUGAACCGAAGUGCUUAAAUGAAGAAGAGAGUUGGGAGCUAUUUCAGAAAAAGGUCUUCUCAAGAAGAGAUGAUGCAGACUUCAAAGUUGACACCAGGAUGGAGAUGUUAGUGAGGGAAAUGGUUGAACGGUGUGGGGGUUUACCGCUAGCCAUUGUUGUGUUAGGAGGAAUCUUAGUGACAAAACACACUUGGAGUGAGUGGGAGAUAGUUCAUCAAAAUUUAAAUUUGUUUCUAAGGAGGGGCAAAAGCCGUGGACAGCAACAUGGAGGAGUAGUGGAGGUGUUGGCUCUUAGUUAUCAUGACUUGCCAUAUCGGUUGAAGGCAUGUUUUCUUUGUUUGGGAAAUUAUCCAGAAGAUGUUGAGAUAGAAGCAGAGAAAUUAUACCAACUAUGGAUGGCCGAAGGUAUCAUAUUACCAUCAUCGUUGGAGGAUAAGGAAAAAGGGAAAGAAGAAACAAUGAUGGAUGUGGCAGAAUGUUAUUUGGAUGAAUUGGCACAGAGAUGCAUACUUCAGGUGCAGCUAGAGGAGUACCCAAUCAGGUGCCAAGGAAGGUUCAAAUCAUGCAAGCUUCAUGACCUUAUGCGAGACCUAUGUUUGUUAAAGAUAAAAGAGGAAAAUUUUCUUAAGGUCGUUCAUUUGAAGAGGCAUAAAAAUGAGCAACAACUAGUGGAAAAUUCCUAUCCUUCUUCUUCAUUAUCAUCAUAUAGGAGUAGUCAAAUACACAGACUUGCAAUUUCCUUUGAUGAGAAUGUUGAUGGAGACCUUUCGCUCCUCAAACAAAAGCAAGUUCAACACAUUCGGUCAGCUGUAUUUUUCUAUGGACGCAGGUGCAGUCAUCGACUCUGGGAACAAAUCAAACCCUGUAUUUUCAACCAUCUCAAAUUGCUGAAAGUUUUAGAUCUUGAAGCAAUGGGACAUCGAUUUUUUAGUGUGAGUGAUCUAAAGUUACCAAAAGCAAUAGGAAAUUUAAUCCACUUGAGGUACUUGGGUUUAAGAUAUUCAUGGUUCAACAAGUUGCCAUCAUCAAUAGGCAAGUUGAGGUAUUUGCAAACCCUUGAUUUACGGACACUAUCACAUCCAUUGAUGCCAAAUGUGCUACGGAAAUUGAAACUACUGCAACAUCUUUAUCUUCCUCAAUCCCUACGUAUAGAAAAUGGUGGCAUGUUACGAUUGGAUGGGUUGGACAGCCUAGAGAUGCUAGAAAACUUCCAUACAUAUUAUUGUGAUACCAAGGAUCUCUUCAAAUUAACCAAUCUUCGACAGCUAAGGGAAGCAAAAAUGUGGGGGAGACAUGAGGAUAUGAUCAACUACCUCUUCAGCAUCAGCAACCCAAAUCAACAACUCUUCCGUCACUCUUCACUUUCUAUUCGUGACUCUGAUAUUUUCUCCAAGGAGUCAAAUCUUCUAACACAAUUAUUGGGGUGUCAUCAUGUUCAUAAAUUGGAAAUACAAGGGCCUAUACAAGUGUUAGCACCACCAAUUGACCAUCAGAUUAUCUCUUUGUAUUCAAGCAGCAGCCUCACCCAGCUAUGUUUGGAGGGAUCUCUACUCAAGGAGGAUCCUAUGUCCACACUGGAGAAGUUGCCUAACUUAAGGAGCCUCGACUUAGAUGAAGCCUUCGUGGGGAAAGAAAUGGUUUGUUCUGCAAUGGGAUUCCCUCAACUAAAACAUCUAAAACUCAAGGGUUUGCACAACUUAGUGAGGUGGAGGGUGGAUGAAAGGGCCAUGCCCAAUCUUGUGACUAUAGAAAUUCGAAGUUGCAAGAAGUUGGAGAUGCUGCCAAAUAAAUUGAGAUUCGUCCUUCCCCAUGGGCAAGUGUUGAUUGAAGGGACACCUGAGGAAUGCCAUUACUCCCCUCGCUCUCCCCCUCCCCUUUCCCGUUCCCGUUCCCUUUCCCGUCCCGCUUCCCGUUCCCUUUCCCGUCCCGCUUCCCCUCCCCCUUUUCCUCUUGACCCUUGGGAUUUCUUCUUUCAACCGAUAUGAGGGACUAAACUGUUUAUUAGAGAAUCAGUCUUCAGGUUGGCCCAUAUGUAUGGCUGACAAAUGAGGAGGUUUAUGAUGCUGCUCUUCGAAUUGGUUCUGGAUGGUCAAUCUUGGAGACCAGUGCAGUAUAUAUGGAUCCAAUUUCCCAGAAUGGAUAAUUUCAAUGGAGGUAUGCUGUGCUUUGUUUGGUUUGGUAUGGUAUGCUCUACUUUGUUUCUCUUCAUGUAGAAAGAAACUUAAUUGCUUUAGUACAUACAUGGCCAUGGCUGUUUCUUAAUUAUUUUGCUAGUAUUUCUUUACUUAGUAAGUCGUAUGCCAAAACUAUUACCAAUUUGAAUUGACUAUUUUCACAUAGGCUUGUAACAGCCAUUCCGUAGCCUAUUUACCGCUGUAUGACACACUCGGUAUGUUUUCUUCCUUUUUCAUUAAACCAAGAGGUGGUUAUUUUGAGCAUUUGUGAGCUCGAAAUGCAGGGUAUGUGGCUAAAGUUAAUUUAAACUUUACCAACCACCGGCCAUUGAAUCAGUCUUAGUUUGUUCUGCUGGUGUCACUGAUGCAAAUUCUGUGGAAUUCAUCAUCAACCAUCCUGAAGUUUCGAUAGCUUUUGUUCAAGAGAAUCUAUGCCAAUAUGCCUUCGAAGGUGUACUUCACAUAUAAAAGUAAGUCAUAACUCAUAAGGGUAAUUUUUUUAGAAUGACUAAUACUUAAAUGUACAUUCCGGUAGUGAACUAAAAACAGCUUAUGCUAUUGCCGGCUUUGGGAGAUUUCUAGCAUGCGAAAGAAGGAAGCUGAGGACCUGUCUUGCUUCUCUUGGAAAGAAUUUGCUCUUUUGGGAAGUUUGGAUCGAGUUUCCUCGAUCUGACAUCUGCACGAUUAUGUAUACAAGUGGAACGACAGGAGAACGUAAAGGUGUUGUUUUAACUAAUGGGACGAUCAUGGCAGAAGUUUGUCUACAGAUCAAU